AUGGUCAAGAUUCAGUACUUAUCGGGAAUACCACCACAUGACCAGCGCAUCUUGUCUCACGGUGCUGGGCUAUUUGGUCCACAAACUCUCUCCCAGCUCCACAUUGAACAUGAAUCUACGGUACAAGUGAUGCGCAGACAGUCGGGCAUGAUCAGCUCCUUUUCGUUCAAUGAUAUGAAUGAUCCAUUGGUGCGUUAUCUCAUGCUUCCCGAAGAAGAGCGACAGGUGACACCAUUUCCCCUUGAAGCAAUUCAUCAACGACACCCACAAGCUGCGCACAAAUUUACCACAAGCUCUUUUACGUUCCAGAAAAAUUGCAAUGUGCUAAGUGCAUGUCAUCGUGCAGUGCUUGCUCAGUUUCUUGACUUCAUGUGGAGCACUCAAAUGGCCAAGAACGAUACAGCCGUUGACAUGAAGGUUGUUCUACCCGAUGAUUUGUUGGUUGAUCUGCUUCGUCCCUUUGCGGAUCGUUGUCAAGAUCAGCAUGAGGAACAGUGGAGUCCUAAACAAGUCUUUGACAAGCUCGACAACAUGCGACAUUGGCGUACUCCCAAGAUUGCCUUGCGCAUGACCAAAGGACCCACAAAAGCCUGUAUCAACUUUCAUCAAGAUGGAGACUACGCCACCUACACGAUGCAACUUGCACUGAACGGUCCAGAGCAAUACCAAGGGGGCAAGCUGUGCUUUUUUUCCAACAAUCGGCUUGAGGUCUUGACUCGGCCUGCUGGUUCUUUGGUGGGCCAUCCUCGAGAGCUUCUCCAUGCCGUCACGGCACUUACUGGAGGGGUUCGCAAGAGUCUGUUUCUGGUGGAUGAAUCGAAUGGGCUCGGCGACAAAGAUGUCAUUACGGCCUCUCAAGAAGAUGUCAGCGCAUUUGGGAUUCAGACCUUGCAAGUCUCUGCUCUUUCUGCUUUCUUCAAUUUCCCAGCCAGAAUUGCAAUGGUUGUUGGAACAAAUCUUUGUGCACGAAAUGCGCCCAGCUAUUCGGGGAAUGUCCCGUCUGUUGCAUGGUUUAGAUGGUUGGCAAUGACAAUCUUGAAUCAUGCACUGUUGGGCCAAAGCGGAAGCGUGACUCCGUUUCGGCCGAGGGUCGGGUGA